AUGCAAUCAGAGCUUACUGCAGUUCUCCAACAGAGUUCCCAAGCAGAAAAGUCCCCCGGAGAGACCUAUAAUUUUACCCAGCAUGGACAUGAACUUUGUGGAGAGAAUCACCGGGUCUCCGGCCUUCCGCAUCAUGUGGAAGUCGGAGACUCGAGCGCUGAUCCCGACUCAAUCAAGGACACUGGCCACUCGUCCUUGAAAUCGGUGAGCUCUGAAACGUUUAUCCCUUCGUCGCCAUCCAUCGGUGGGGCCAGCCAGUUCGGGAAUAUCAUCCCUCAAUCUCCCAGCAAGCAAGCAGACUUCCGUUCUAAGAGAGUGGCUUUCGACACUCAACCGCGUGUCGCUCUGGGAGCGUUGCCCAAUGAGGUCUUGACUCAUAUUCUGUCACACCUGCCCCCGCCGUCCCUGUCGUCCAUCGCGCUGGUCUCCCGUCGUUUCCAUAGUCUGGUUACUACGCCUCACGCCUGGAGAAUUGCAUUCUCCCGCUAUUUUCCUGGCCCUUAUACCGUGGAGAAUGGCGCUCGCCUUUCGACGGCUGAUGCCUCUGACAAUGUGGCUUCGAACAAGCGGUACUUUUCGAGAUUGACUGCGCUUGCUUCCUGGAGAAGCGAGUAUAUCCUGAGAACCCGCUUGCUGCGGUCACUGUCGAGAGGCAAACCGGCCCAGUUCGAGCCGUCAAAGAAAACCGGUACUGUUCGGUCCGCGAAUGUGCGUCAUGGUAGCGCUGUGGUUACCUAUACUUCGCAGCUUAUGUAUCCAGUGAGUCACCUGGGCGGCUCAUUUGGUGCGGAAGAUGCCAAGAAGGUGCCCCUCUUCAUUCAUGGUGCUUCGGAGCAGGGCAUCGCGUCGGCCAGUGAUCCUUCCGCAGUCAAGGCGGGGACGUGGGGCGUGUCUGAUCAUCAAAUGUUCCGGCACUUUGCGGAUCUGUAUCCUGGGGAUGCCGAAUAUGGACUUGGAGCAGGUGAUCUUGCCGGACAACCAAACUCCAUGGAUGUCAGCCAGCCGUAUGGUAUGGUCUACGGAGAGGGCUGUCCACAAGGGCGCAGUUACUUUAUUUCCACUGCUGAGCAGCGCGGCCGCUUCCUCGACCUCACUGAAUCAAGCUCUCAUCCAAAGCAGGGUAUACCCGCGCUCAACCCGGCGACAACAUCUAUCACAGCAGUUUGGAUCGCCAAGUCUUUGCACAUUCUCAAGAUGACUGGAGGCUUGAUGGGGAUGCUGACUGGCUCAUCAGCUGGUAUCCUCAGCGGCUUUGCUUUGGGCCCUCAUCCUACCUACGAGAAGCGUUUUGAAAGGGGCCAAGUGACCGCUAAGUGGGCCAUCUGCCCCGGUGUCCCUAUUAUCGGAAUUGCGAUUGACGAUAAUUAUUCCAAGCGACGCUCUUCCCGGGGGAGAAUCUGGGCGAUGGUUCUUAACGCUCUGGGUGAGAUCUAUUAUCUGACCGACAUCCCUCGUCAGCCCGAGGUUGCAACAAAACUGAGCGUGGAGGAACUCGACCAGCUGGCUUGGAAAACAGGCCGAAGCGUUCGCUGGGAGCUUGUUGAAGCGACUAGGCGAAUUGCACGAUCAGAUCCCUUCAACAGGGAGCCCGUGGAUGGUAGCUAUAGUCCACACUCUUCGUCGGACUCGAUGAAAUUGGAUGAGCAGCAGAUUGUUGCUGAGACCAAGGAAAUAGAGCGCUUUUUGAAGUUUAGACCGAAGCAUUUCCGCAAAGUCUGUGAUAGCUGGGAUAUGCGGCGUCAACUGAGAGUCGAUUUCGCUGGUGACGACGGCCACGGGGCUGGUGAAUCCGUUCUGGUCAUUUCUCGAGGCGUGGGCGAAGGCGAAAAGGCUUCAAUCCGGCGGUUUACUAGGGUGAUGUCGAAAGACGGCCUAUUUGCCGCGCCAGGAGCUAUUUCUCAACCCCAUGAAACGACACCCCGAUCCCUAUUCGGUGGGCCUGCGCAUACACCCAUACCGUCCGUGGUUUCAGAUACAGGUAGCCUGCCGCCGUCAAGGGCAUCUACUUCUAUCAGUGAGACCCGUUGCUCGGUCGCAAAUACUGAAUGGCGCAUGUCGGACUUUACGUUUGGCGAUCGGAAGUCUGUCCAAAUCACCACCAGCGCCUUAGAUCAGUCAACCUAUGCUGUGUUGACGGCUGAUGAGGAUCCACUGCUGGGGAUGUCUGGCAGCUCGGCGUUCUCCUCAGCCAUGUCUUCUCCUUUACCGCAUAUGCAGCAGUCGUCACCCAAACCAGAAGUACCUGGUCAGCGAGGACGGUAUAUUGCUGUUGGUACCAGCACGGGCUUGGUGCUCGUAUGGGAUAUGCGGGCGCCCACGGCCAAAAAUACGGAUAUGAUCAAUCCUGUCUCUCCGUUGAGAAUCAUCCAAACCGAUUCACCUCAAGUAUCGUGUGUUGCCUUGACUUCCUUGUACUUGGUGCAUGGUGGUAAUGACGGUUUGGUGCAAGCUUGGGAUCCCCUUGCUUCAACAACACGCCCGAUCCGGACGAUUAACUCCCGGUUCUCCUCUCGUGCUCGCCGCCGUUUGGUUCAAGCGGAAGCCUCGGUUCAAGGUGUUGGAAACAACUACUUUGCGUGCGGUGCUAUCUGUCUUGACCCGGAUCCGACUGUGCUGCGAGGCAUGGUCGCUCUGGGAACACAUCUGCGGUUCUGGGCUUACAGCUCCUCUGGCGCAGAUCAGUACAAGAGUAGCAAGCGUCGACUUCGCCGGGGACUCCGUGGUAGCAACACGACUGCCGAGGGUCAACGAUUCAGCAACAGUGGUCGCGGCGCUAUCAGGGACUACAUUGCGGAUGAAAGAGUGGAGAUGGAGCGGCAGAAGAUUGCGGAUGAGAAGGAAAGAGCUCAUCUUAGCAAUCGGUUUGGCGUCGAUCUUUUGGGACCCGAUGUUAGUGAGGAGCAGCUCCUUGCCUAUGCGCAACUAUUGAGCGAGGAAGCCUUUACUAGCGAGGCGGGCAAACGUGGUGAGAUUGUCGAGAGCUCAAUGGUCAGCACUUCUCCUAGUGAUACCAUUGGCCGAAACGACAGCUCGGUUGCUGCGGAUGACUAUUCAUCCUCAUCCUCUCCUUAUCAAAACACUGAAGAUGAUCUGGCCCCAGAUAUUGCCGAGGCUAUCCGCCUGAGUCUGCUUGACGAGGGUCCUCCUUCCGAGACGCCAUCAUUUUCACUGAAGUUCUCUAAGGACUUUCAGUCAAGCCACAGUGACAUUUCACCCUCGGAAUUGGCGGUUGCUGAGAGCAGCCGACAGCAGGAGCUUGAUGAUCUGGAACUUGCGAUUCAAUUGAGUCUCGCAGAGAGCCAGAGCCUUGAGCAAGCGGAGAGUCAGCAGCGAGAUGAAUAUCCCUCAUCAAGUGCGUUUCCGUCGUCAUCUGACAAUGGUAAAGGGAAAGGAAGAGCCUUAUAA